AAAGGGUGAACGCCGCGAAUUUCACAUAAACCCUCACACACACUGACUGACUGACUAGAAGAUGCUUCUUUUGAGGUUUGGAGCUCCGUCGACCACCGCCUUCCGUACAUCUCCGGCGACUCCUUUUCGCAGUCCGUUAACAUCUUCUCAGUUAUCUGAUUCUCAUAAUAUUACCAGUUUUUGCUUAUCACAGGGUAUUAGUUAUUCAACAAGAUUAAAUUGUUAUCGAAACAAGGCUAUGGCUGAAGCUGCUGAAACUAUGGCUACCUCUGUUGUCUCUCCUUCUCCUAGUAAGCAGGCAUUAAUUUCAUUGUCAGACAAGAGGGAUCUUGAUCUUUUGGCUACUGGACUUCAAGAAUUGGGAUACACAAUUGUGUCGACUGGGGGAACAGCAUCUGCGCUGGAGAAAGCUGGAAUUUCUGUAACAAAAGUAGAAGAGCUAACCAAGUUCCCUGAAAUGCUUGAUGGUCGUGUAAAAACUUUACAUCCUAAUGUACAUGGAGGUAUUCUUGCCAGAAGAGACCAAAGCCAUCAUAUGAAAGCUCUAGAAAAGCACAGUAUCGGUACAUUUGAACUGGUGGUAGUAAAUUUAUAUCCUUUCUAUGAAAAAGUUACUUCUACCAAUGGAAUUACAUUUGAUGAUGGAAUCGAGAACAUCGACAUUGGUGGCCCUACAAUGAUAAGAGCUGCAGCCAAGAAUCACAAGGAUGUCUUGGUGGUUGUUGAUUCGCAAGACUACCCUGUACUUCUAGAAUUCCUCAAAGGAAACAAGGAUGACCAACAAUUUAGAAAGAAGCUUGCUUGGAAAGCUUUCCAACACGUUGCUUCUUAUGAUUCUGCAGUUUCUGAAUGGUUAUGGAAGCAAACUGAAGGAGAUAAAUUCCCACCUAGCUUUACUGUGCCACUUUCUCUCAAAAGUUCACUUCGCUAUGGUGAAAAUCCUCAUCAGAAUGCUGCAUUUUACACCGACAGUAGCUUGUCUGAGGUCAAUGGUGGUGGUAUUGCAACAGCUAUUCAACACCAUGGGAAGGAAAUGUCAUAUAAUAAUUAUUUGGAUGCUGAUGCGGCUUGGAAUUGUGUUUGUGAGUUUGAAAACCCUACGUGUGUUGUUGUAAAGCACACGAACCCUUGUGGAGUGGCUUCACGUGAUGAUCUGAUUGAAGCAUAUAGGUUAGCUGUAAAAGCCGAUCCCGUAAGUGCAUUUGGUGGUAUAGUAGCCUUUAACAAAGAAAUUGAUGAGACUCUUGCUAGGGAUAUUAGAGAAUUUAGGAGCCCAACUGACGGAGAGACACGAAUGUUUUAUGAGAUUGUCGUUGCUCCUAGCUAUACUGAAAAGGGUUUAGAGAUUCUUCGUGGAAAGUCAAAGACUUUGAGGAUUCUUGAAGCAAAGAAAAACAGUAGAGGGAAACUUUCACUUAGGCAAGUAGGUGGAGGUUGGUUAGCUCAAGAUUCUGACGAUCUAACGCCUGAAGAAAUCAAAUUCGAUGUAGUUUCUAAAAGGGCACCAGAAAAGGAGGAGCUUGAUGAUGCAAAGUUUGCAUGGUUGUGUGUGAAACAUGUCAAGAGCAAUGCCAUUGUAAUCGCAAAGAACAACUGUAUGUUAGGCAUGGGAAGUGGGCAACCUAAUCGUGUGGAUAGCUUGAGAAUAGCUAUAAGGAAAGCAGGGGAUGAGGUCAAAGGAGCUGCUUUGGCUAGUGACGCUUUUUUCCCAUUCGCAUGGAAAGAUGCUGUGGAGGAAGCUUGUGAAAGCGGGAUCAGUGUUAUUGCUGAACCUGGGGGAAGCAUAAGAGACAGUGAUGCAAUUGAUUGCUGUAACAAAUAUAAUGUUUCGCUUGUGUUCACCGGGGUAAGGCACUUCAGACAUUGAGGAUCGGAAAGGUUUUGGUAUUUUUCUGUUUGUUCCGAAUUCCAUGUUAUGAUGAGCUUUGUGAAAUUUGUAUCGUUAAAAUAUCAAUUUUCUCGUGACUUUCUUUC